AUGAGAGAGAAAGACAAGCGAGAAGAAGUUGGUGAUCAAAAUGAUCGGAUAACCAAGGAUACUACGAAAAGUAAGGAUUGGGCAGCAGCUGAUCUAGAAAAGGUAACGGAUUUUAAUGAAGACAGUGAUAAUGGUCGAGAAGUGUCAAAUGAAAAAUUGGAUAGUUUAAUCAGUGGGCCCUCUGGACCUUCGAAAGGAAACCAGAAAAUUGUAAACAUCAAAAAAGAAGAUAUCUUACUUAUUAUGCACGAAUUAGAAUUACCAAAAAUUCGAGCAGAGAAGAAGCUAAUUGAACACAAUGGGGAUAUCAUUGCAGCGGUGAAAGAUCUUCUUGGUUUUUAA